AUGGCCGGAAACCAAUACAAGAAAAUUAAUGUUCAUGCAGACAACGUACAGCUAGGCAAUAAUUACAUUGCCGAGCCUCGAGAGAUUACCUUGGAGGAACUCCUUGCCCUGUUGUAUUUAACCGACGCCUCCGCCGAUCUAGCAAAGACAAUCAGAUUCAACGGGAAAAGGGUCACUGGCACGUGUGAAUGGAUCCUUUCCAGAAGCGAAUACGAGCAGUGGCGCGACGGAGAUGGGCUUCAGAUUCUUUGGCUCUUCGGCGCUCCUGGCAUAGGGAAGACAGUCAUUUCAUGCUUUUUGAUCGAGAAUCUGCAAAAGCAAGAGGCUUUGCAACCAUCGACCAUCUUGAUCUAUCAUUUCUGCGACUACAAAGACGAUGGCCCCAGGAAUAGUGCACUGGGUAUCAUUCGAUGCAUUUUACAGCAGUUGUUGAAGAAGCAGCCGGAUCUUUUUCGAUGGAUCAAGACGGAAUACCAGCACCGUCACGAAAUAUUGUCACUUUCCAACAGCUUGGAUGGGCUAUGGGCAGUUUUGCUUCAGCUCCUGCAGAAAUGCAAUAGCAAGAACAUUUAUAUCCUCAUCGACGCCCUAGAUGAGUGUGAUAAAACUUGCAUACAUUUGCUCGACUUGAUUGCUGAAAUACCGGCGUCAGUGAACACCAGAGUUCUGAUCACGGCACGGCCCGACGUGGAGAUUGAGAAGACGGCUGAAACAGUGGGUCGACAUCUUCGUGUCGAUUCUGGAAAGAUCAAUGCCGACUUGGCAGCUUUUAUUGAUAGUAAACUUGCCGAGUUAAAGGUAAAGAGGAAGACGUUUCCAGAGAGCUUGAUUAAUGCCAUAGGAGAAAAAGUGAAAAGCCAGGCUGGGGGAACAUUUCUCUGGGCUAGUCUCGUCUUCAAAGACAUAUCUGCGGCUGCCACGACAAAAGCCGCCACAAGAAAAUUAGAGAAUCUGCCGUCUAAUUUGCCUGGGAUAUACGGAAGAAUUCUCGACUCCAUCGAUGAAGACGGAACAGAAGACGCGGCUUUCAUUUUCCGAUGGAUGGUCGUGUUGAAACGACCAAUGACUGCCAAAGAUAUGGCUACAGCACAGGUUCUUGCCCAUGAAGGUUGGAAUAAAGACACGGUUCCGCCAGUGCAAUAUAUCGAACAAUUUGAGGAUGGAUUCAAGGCCUGCGGUAACCUCCUAUAUUAUGACCCAGUCAACGGCACGCUCAAUCUUAUACACCGCACUGCUAAAGACUAUCUUGUUCAUGAAGGCUGUCCUCCAAAGUAUAGGGUCAACAUUGAAGAAGCUGGGAUAGACUUGGUGCGUACUUGCUGGCAAUACCUAAGCAUGCGGGACUUCAACCAAGGCGAGUUAUUCUUAUCGAGAGAUUAUAAGAAUACGCUUAUCCCCCUAGGAUCCAUCCCUAUUGACCACAAGCGAUAUGGCUUUUUCAAAUUCGCUUUUGAUGAGGUGCAAGAUUUUGUGGGUGAGGAUAGACUGGCAUUAUACGCUGCCUUUGUCCGGUCUUGUGGUACUAUAAACAGCUUGCCUUUGUUACGAGAUUUCUGGCUCAUCCAUUUUGCAAGGGUUGGUCAUGAUGAAGGCGUGCGGGCCCUGAUAGAAAAGCACGCAGAUGUCAAUGUCAGAUGCAGAGUAAGGGACUACAGACUCAGUUCUACGGAGCUGUUGCUGCCCCGUAACAUAGAGUUCUGGAGCUAUCUUGCCACGGAUAUCGAAACUUAUGCCGCAACCGCAACGGUUCUUCAGGGGGCUGCGAGGGGGGGCCAUGCUGAAGUAUGUGGAGCUUUGAUAAAAAGAGGAGCUGAGGUAAAUGCCGUGAACGAAUCUAAUGGCGAGACAGCCUUGCACUUAGCCGCAAGAUUUGGGCACCUGGAUGUGGUACGCUUAUUACUAGAUAAUGGCGCAGACAUUGACAAGUUAGACUGUGAGGGAAGAAGUCCGCUUUCUAGGGCACUAUAUGUCAAAUGGGAUGAUAUUGGCCUUCUUCUGCUAGCCAGAGGAGCUAAUGCUAUCCUGAAAGUACCCGUUCUUUCAAGAGAUACCGAGUUUGCGGGAAGUACAGUGAGAGGCGACGAUUUCUCAAUUGGGCCAAGGCAAAGAGCCAGUGGAGAAUUGGAAACCAUGCUCUUCGAUGCAGCAGUAGGGGAUUGCGUUGGGUCUACUCGUUGCUUAUUGGAAAAGGGCUUGGAUAUUAAUGCACGAGGCUCUGACGGCCAAAUAGCACUUUCUGUUGCAGUUAACUCUGACAAUAUUGAGGUCGCGAAGAUAUUAGCUUCACACGGAGGUGAUCUUGGAUUGACAAACGAACACACAAAAGAGACGCUUCUACACCUUGCUACUGCCAGGGGAUACGUGGAUAUGGUGGAAUGGCUUGUCCAAGUGGUUCCCAACUUAAAUGGGAGAGCGAAUUGUGUGCGAUAUCGGAUACCUCUGGUUGAAAGCCAUGUCGAUUCAUCGGCUAACUUCUUGAUGGGUUUCUACAAAACCCAGAGCAGAGACAUAUUAGAGAAGAUCUCCCCACUCCAGCUCGCGGCGAUACUGGGCCAUGCUGAAAUCUACAAAAUACUGGCUCUCGCGGGGGCGGACCAAAAUGUAAGUGACUACGAUGGACGGAACGUCUUGCAUGAUGCGGCUCGUUAUGGACGUCAUCAAAGUAUUCAGUCUAUCAAUCAAAUGAGAGGAUAUAAAAUUGACAACAGAGAUGAGAGGGGAUGGACGGCCUUACAUUACGCUGCUACUGCAGGGCAUUUUCGGACGGUAUUGCAGCUGGUCGGAGAUGCACAAGCCAAUAUCAACGCUCUAACACACCAAGGGGAGACAGCUCUCCAUCUCGUAGCUCAACUGUCAACUCCCGACGACGGAAGUGAACGUGAUGCGUGGCUCACCAUAUGCUUUCAUUCAAGCAACAUCUCAAGAGCUAGCGAUAUGAUGAAUCUUCUACUUAGAGAAGGCGCUGAUGCCAAUGCAAUUUCCAAUGUGGAUGGAAACACCGCUUUGCACCUUGCGGUAAUGCAGGGAAGUUGGCCAGCGACGAAGGCUCUUCUCAAGUAUGGCGCCGAUGUCAACUCCGUCAAUCAACAGGGACAGACGCCAAUGGAUUUGGCUUCCGCGGGUCGGGUAGAGGCACAUCAAUUAGGAUGGUGGAAUAGGAAGGCUUAUGAGAGGAUUGCUCAAUUGCUUUCCAGAACUUCAAGAGGCGAAGGCAUUGAAUCAAACGGCUCGAUAUUAGCCCGGACGGAGAGCCUGGAGGUAGGAUGUGGCUCUUCAGUUCUGCAUCGGACGUUGACCAGUGUUAUUUAG